UAUAAAAAAAAAAAAAAAAAAAUAAACACAAACUUUUAAAGUUGAUUAUAAUGUAAAAUUUAAUGCUUUUAACAAGUGUAAAGUUUACAAAAGUAUAUAAAAAAUAUCAGAUUUUAGUUUAUAAUUGUUGUGUAAUUUUUAAGUGAUUUAAUUAUCUUUAAAAUGCGCAUAUCAAACACUAUCCUGAAAGUUUUUCUUGGUUGUUGUUCUUCCGCUUUUCUUAUGGAAAUAUUGAUGUCAAAAUGUCCAGAGAGUGCCAACUUGAUAACUUUCCUCCAGUUUUUCUUUAUUUCUUUACAGGGUUUUGUAUUCACCCUUAAAUUCGGGACGAUAAAGCCCAAAAUACCUCUGAAGCAUUACGCAAUUCUGAUAGCUUUGUUUUUCGUAACAAGUGUUGCAAAUAAUUAUGUUUAUGCCUUGCAUGUGCCUUCAACACUGCAUAUGAUUAUACGAUCAGCGUCUUCCCCUGCAAGUAUGCUUGUAUACUGCAUCGUCAAAAAACAAUCUCCCAGAGUGUCAAAUGCAAUUGGUUCCGUCCUUAUAAGUGUGGGAGUCGUUUUAGCAACGUACGGAGGAGCUCCGGAUGACAGGAAUGAUGGGAUAUUCCUAUAUUGGUGCAUAGGAGUCGCUAUACUUGUUACUACGCUGAUAACCGGCGCAUUUACUGGGCUCCAACAAGAGAUAUUGUACGCGAAAUACGGAAAACAUCCCAGUGAGAUGAUGUUCUUCACUCAUGCGCUACCUCUGCCAUUUUUUCUGGCAAUUUCCUCCGAGCUAGUUCAUACUGGAUGGAGUCUGUCAUGGGAUAUUUGGUUACUUAUUGCCUUAAACAUUAUAUCCCAGUUUUACUGCACACAUUCAGUGCACAAACUGGCCACAAAAGAAACCUCUGUAACAGUUACAUUUAUACUAACAUUAAGAAAAUUUGUAUCACUUUUAAUCUCAUCUGUUGUUUUUAAAAAUAAUCUCACUAGUUUACAUAUCUUAGGCACAAUUUGUGUGACUAUUGGUACAUUAAUUUAUUUUAAUUUCUUUGAGAAUCUUAAACAGAGACCUGUGACUUUAGUGAAUAAUAAUAAUAAUAAGAAAAGCAAUUAAUAUCUAUCCCUCCAUUUUUGUAUUAUUUUUAAGGUGAUCUAAUUGGUGAAUAGUGAUUAUUUUUUUUAAGUUAAUAUUUUUAUUAGUCUUAAUCUUAAAUAAUAAAACUGUGAAUUUCGAAAAAUAUUACUUGGUUAGCUAAAGGGUUUCCUACUUAUUGUGACUGUUAUAUUUUACAUUGUUAAACAUAAUAAAAAUAUAUUUUUUAAGCAA